AUGGACACCUCAAGAUGGACAAUAACCAAGAAAUUAAAGAAUGUCAGGGAAUACAAAUAUCUGGGAAUAAUAUUCGACAAAACAAGGACCGAUAAAAAAGAAAUUAAUUCAAGAAUUAUACAGGCAAGAAGAGCGAUACGAUAUCUCGAUGAUAUUUUAUGGAGUAGGGAGAUAUCAAAGAAAAGGAAGUAUAUUUACGAAACCAUGAUCAAGAGUAGUCUGUUAUACGGGGUGGAAACGUGGAGAGUAACAGAAAGAAACCGGAGAAAACCAGCAGUAGAAAUAGACGCAAUUAGAAAAGCGUUAAGAAUAUCUAGAAGAGACUGGAUAAGAAAUGAAGAAAUUAAGAACCGCAUGGGGAUAGAAGGGACAAUUGCGGAAGCUAUAGAGAAAAGAAAACUGAUUUGGUACGGACAUAUAAACAGCAUGGGAAAAGGGAGACUCCUAAAACAGUGUCUAGAGUGGCAAUCCCCAGAAUAUCGGAAACGAGGAAGCCCGAAAACAAACUGGACGACGAACGAAAGAACAGAAAGCGAUAACUGCAAGAGACCUCAGAGACGACCAAUGGAGGAAUAG